UCUGAUGUCACGUUGUGGCCUCGUACAGUACAGUAUAACAACGUGGAUACGUCCUGGAGUUUAUUAUCUAGACCAGUGUAUCUCCUGCACAACAACGACAGACAGCUCUACCUAUCCCGACGAGAUGAUAUGUCCGACUUAGCUGGUCCGGAGUUCACAGUACGUCCACUUGCCAUCAUGUACCUGACUACAGGCAGACAGAUCUAGAGGUUGUAUUAAAAGAGCCGGCCUGUAUAUCUUAUAUAGCAGCACAUGUUUUUGUAGGGCGGAUCGUAGUCAGCGGUUAAAUCGUGUUGUCAUGUUUUUAUAAACUUACACUCGAUGAAUAACGGGCUCCUGUUUACUCUGACCGCAAGAGGUUUCAGGCGGUCUUAAUAAGGAACAAACCUGCAUUAUUUAUCCUACAUCACAACUACAGCCUCAGUGUAGUUAUGACAUGGACUACUAUAGUAUGUAAGAACACGAGUUUUCAGAGAUUUUUACAGCUUUAUCAGUGCUUGUUUACAUUUUUAUAGUAAAGUAAAUCUGUACGCGCUUCCUCUAGAGAUGAAUGUUGCACGAGGUCAAAGGUCAAACCACUGUGCAAAGCAGCCGAUUACGUGCAGAUGAUCGUUGUAUUUGGUGAGUGAACAGGCCGUCUGCUGGAUAGAGAUAAUCAAGGUUCCAUUCUGACAGACAGGUUUGUUUGAAAGUUAUCCACAAGGAAAUAUGUCGUCUGCCAAUUCCUGAUUGAGGAGACUUCGAUCGCUGUCUGCUGUACUUGAACUGUGAUUAGGAUUGUUAAGAGCAGUAGUUUGUAUAAGAGUUGCAGUAGGCAGCUCCUAAUGAAAACACGAGUUCGGCGUGUGUCUAGGGAAGGUCUCGCGUAAAUGGCACUGUACCUUUAAUUAAGCGGAUCCUCGUGGUUUGAGGAGAGGUUGGAAUGACUUACGGCUAUUUGUGGACAAAAUAUAUAGAUGAAAUUAGAGCGCACACAUUCUGUAAGACAUGGUCAUUCUGGAGAAUAAAGAAAGUGCCAUACAUGUAUUUCAUCCUCAUAAACGACAAGGAGUUAUGGAAUCGGUGUUUAUAUAUUAAUUUGGGGAUAACAGCAAAGGAGAUGAGUUAAUCAAAAGCAUUGUAGACAGUGACGUUGUUAACAAAAUAACUGUAUAUUGUGGUUACCAUGCCCGGUGGAAACAGCCGGAAGAUCACCUUCCCAGCUGAUUCUGUACUCAAUGCUGUCAUACAAGACGGCGAUGUUUAUGAAUUAGGCCAGAUCUUACAUAAUCGGAGAGGUGAGUUUAACAUCAAUCAGACAAACCAUGUCGGAUUAACUGCCCUCCACCACGCCGUCCUCAGUAAAAACUUGGACGCCGUCAAAAUGUUGUUGUGCGGAGACUCGGACGUAAACGCAAAGGACAUACAUGGAUUUAGUCCCUUGCACACAGCCUCCGCAUGUGGAUUCCUACAGAUCUCAAGUUUGUUACUAUUGUUUGGCGCCGAUGUGUUUUCUUUGACGAAGCAAAUGGAGUUACCCGUGGACGUUGCCAAGGAUAUAAGCAUUGUUCGUCUGCUCACUGCGGAAAUGUAUAGCCGAAUACAAACGGAAUUAUACUUUCAGACAUUAGUGACGAACAAGUUAAUUAAUAUGUGGUCGAAAUUUCGUACGAUUGCUAUGUUUGUGUUAAGAUUAUUGUAUACUUUGGUGAAAUACGUGUGGCAGCGGUCCCCCAUUACCUUCAAACAGGUCGCUAAGAAACAGGUGAGUGUGGCUCCGGGUACUGUAAACGGGGGAACACGGGUAACGAACACGGAAAACAACAACAAACAAAAGAAGAAAAACAAACCAAUGGUGAAGAUAGAGUGAUACCGGAACCCCUCUUUUGUCACCGUCUUGUAUCAACGAUAUUAACCAAUAAGACAUUCUGGGGUUUGUUUAAAUGCAGCUCUCCUGAACACAAAUGCCGAGAGAAAUGCUUCCUUUCAAACAACAUACAUCUUCCUUUCACUGAUUAAAUUCAUCACGAAUAAUGAUAUGAUAGAAUAGACAAAUAUAUAAAAACAAAAUUUGUAUACUAGUGUUGUGACUGUUAGAGCACAGGGUAUAAGAAUUAAAGGUGUCCUAUUGUAUAAUAUGAUGGGUUACACGUGUUUCGUUGUAAGUCCCUGUUACUGAAGGUUCUUACCUAGAAAUCCCUAGGUUUUCUAUUGAGCGUGAUUUGAGGCAAGUCGUUGACAAAGUGAGGGUAUGUCACUAAUUACAUCAUGAAGACGUGACGGAAAUAUAGAAUAAUUGCUCAGGAAAUAUAAUUAUAUUUAAUUUGGAAAAAGAAGUUAUUUAUCAUUAUGUUGUUUAUAAAGUUUACCUAUCUCGAAUUCUAUUUUAAAUAUAGAUUUUAUCUCGGUUGCUAUUUUUAACACGUACAUGUUUAUGUAUAAAAGAGCUUGUGCACGAGAUCUGGUAGAAACAACAAUGCUAUUUUUACAAAAAACAUAAAAUGUAUUUCUGUACCGAGCAUUGUGUGCUGGUCUAAUGAGGUGUGUGUAUUGCCGCUAGAGACUGGCGGAUCUCAUUAGUGUGAAUCGAGGGUGUUUUAUCUGUUUGUGUGCACGUGUCUUAUGAAGACAUGUAACGUGCGUGUGUAGAUUGAUGUGCAUGUGUAGAUUGAUGUAUAUGUGUAAUAUUCGUGUAUAGAUUGAUGUAUAUGUACAUCGAGCUGUUGAUGGAACAAUGUUCCGCAAUAAACGGGAAAGGUGUGUAAGUCAA